AUUUUAUGUUGUUCUAAACAGUUCCUAGUCUUUCCCUCACUGUUCGAUACGGUAAAGUAUUCACCUGUAAGCAGGUAAAUACCAUAUCCCGCGUCGACCUGACAGGCUGCCAAGGCAACAAGGCGAUCGGCUUGAGAUCAUGAAGAGGGCUGCGAUUUCCUAUUGCCUCCUUGCAUUAUGCUAUUCCUUUGCCAACAGCUUGAACUUAAAGAACCUUAAAUAUAGAGCUGGACAUGGCGGUAGGAAGUCAGUUGUGAUUGACACUGUGAAUCCAGUUCAAAGAUCCGCGUGGGAAUGUCAUCCAGGAUGCAAGCGUUUCUGUCUGUCCUCCUGCAAGAGAAGCUGUUGUACGCCCGGAGCACCGAACUACGAUCCCUCCAUGUUCAACCAGCUGGUCGGUUACCAGGCCUCCCUCCCCCCUCCACCCCCUCCCCCUCCAGCGUGCCCUGUCGGCUGUCCGGGGUCCUGUUAUCCUAACUGUGAUUCAGGAUGCUGUUUCCAAGCCAGCCAGCCAGCAUUUCCUCAGUAUCCCGCUAACCCGUAUGAUAUGGGAUAUGUUGGGUAUCCCGCAGGUGACCCUUGCGCUGCUCAGGGCUGCUCUGCUUCCUGUGCCCCUCUCUGCAAGCCAGAUUGUUGUCGUUCCCAGGCCUUAAAUCUGAGUAUACGGCCAGUGUAUCUGGGAGGUAGUAAGGCUUCACCCGCAGCAGCACCGAAACCUCCCCCGGAGAAACCUGUUAAAACAUAUCACAAAAAGAAGCCAGUACACAAGAAGCCGCCAUCAAAGAUUGGAAUAGUUUGUAUUCCGCCGUGUCAGAAACUCUGCAAGCCAGUAUGCAGGUUUGACUGUUGCUUGCCUACACACAAAUUCCAUAAGCAAUCUGAUCACAAAGCUUCUCACCCCAAACCUCACAAGCCAGCCAAAGUUCACCUUGACAUCAAGCCUGUAGCCUCAGUUCAAAGAGUACCAAUCCCCAAACUUUUCGCUCUGCCGGCUCCAACCAAGGAGGCGGCGGCCCAGCAGGAGCCCCAGCAGGGGCCCCAGCAAUCACCUUACGCUGGUUACCCAUAUCAAGAUGCUGCAGCUGCUGUAGCACCCACAGCAGGGAUAACAUGUCCAGGCUCUUGUCCCCUUGCAUGUGCUCCGUCAUGUCAGUGGUCCUGUUGUUCUCCAUUCUUACCACAGCCUGCUCCAUCAGCCCAACAGCCCUUACCUUACGGAGCUGUACAAGACAACCCAAUGGAUGCCAUCACUAAAGCUGCCUCACCCGGCCUCGUUCCUAUGAAGACCGUGUUGACCAGCUGUCCAGCGCCAUCAUGUCCGGACACAUGCGCACCACUCUGCUCGCGAAGCUGUUGUGCAGGAAUGGACCUUCUGCCGCAAUCGUGGGACAAGAGAAACAAAAUUCCUGGCAGAAUCUAAUCUGUCUACGGGCGCCAUGAUAGAUCCCCUUAUUGUGUAUAUAAACGUAAUUUCCCUCUAACACCCAGCAAAGCAGGGGAGAUCCUUCAGAACUAAUUAAGAUCGCCUUUCCCCUGUUUUGCUCGUUUUUGUAACAUAUUACAAAAGCUAAAUUCAGAACAAAUAUCAAUUUUCUUCCAAGGGAAAUAUUAUGGAAGAUUCACCGGACACAAGAGAUAUGAUAUUAAGCAGAACGCAAUCUGACGUUUGAGGUGAAAGAGUUAAGACUUUAUUAGUAGUUUACUCAGCGAGACUACCUUCAAAGUUUAUUUUCUAUAUAAAAAAAAUCGAAGAGGAAGAUUCAUUCACUUAGAUUAAGCAGUUCAGCUAACAGGGCUGAAGUCAGAGAACAGUUCCUAGGUAUUUAGCAGUGCUUUAGUUCCCCCCUCCGGAAAAAAAAACACAACAUUCGGCUAAAAACGAAACAAAUGACUGAGGCAAGUGCCGGUAAACCAUUGCCGUUACCAUUACGGCCCUGGCUGACGGGAAAAAAAAAAAAUUUCUAGUCUACCAAUUUGGGUAGGGAUGGCCGGUUGCAACUACAUGUAGACAGAAAUACACGAUCUGUUGGGGGCGGGGAACAGAUCAGGAUGCCUCGAACCAUUUCCUAUCUCACACCACAUGCCACAAUAACCAUUUUUCAGUAAUUUUUCGCUGUUGUGAAUUGCCACUAGUGCGAUUAUCUGAGUUAUUAUGGCAAAUACAAGAAGUCAUUCUAAGUAGUUUAUGUUUGGCGAGCUAGUGCAGUUAUUUCAUCGGUCAAACUAACUCUGUCUGUAAAUAUGUAAUACGUAUGUUUGUUUUUGUUUUUUACUCGUCAUGACCCUUUUCAAACCCAGUAAGUGAUUUAUUUCUAGUGCUCUAAGUUUCACACUUUGUUUGGCGUGUUCAUUAGAAAUAAAGUUGAAAUUAUAAAAUAACUUAAUCGAGUGAGAGGGUGAGGAGCACAGCUCUGUAAAGGGUUCGAAACUAGACUGCGCGACUAUAUAUCAGUUACAUAUCUAUUUACAAAAUGUCUGAGACAAAUAUUUAACUGUUUGUAGCUAGUGUUAAGUGUUACAUGUAAUUAAGCAAUAGAAAUAGAUUAAUAAAAGUCAAUCUAUGCAUUCCGUAA